ACCAAAUAUAAACACUCUCUCUAAUCUCUCGCACUCUCUUUGCAUUUUCCUCUGAAUUUUCCCUGGAAUUUUUUUUUCUUUCUCUCAAUAAUCUUUUAUUUUUCCUAUUUGGGUUAAAAAAAAAAAAAAGUGUGUUCCUUUUUAUUAUUCUGGUUUUCAAAUCUCUCUUCUUCUUUCUUUCUUCUUCUUCUCUUUGCGUGUGUGAGAUAUUUUUCUCCUAUUUCAUCAUCACCUUUUUUUCAGAUUGGUGAUUUUAUAUGUUUAAUGCGCCUCUUCUUCUUCUUCAACCUCACUGUUGUCAAAAGUAAAUCACUGAUCAUCAUCAAAGUUUGCAUUUUUACCUACUGGGUGAGUGUGUGUGUGUAUGUAUAUACAUUAGUCAGAGAUGGAUCGAAGCAGACAUGAGCCAGAGUAUGACGAAUUUGAGAAACUUCUUGGUGAGAUCCCAAAAGUUACUUCAGGGAAUGACUAUCAUAACCAUUUCCCUAUAUGUAUGAGCUCAAGCAGAUCAUCACAACCCAUCAAGAAGUUGGAUCAAUAUGUUCCUGAAGACCGCUCAUUCACCAGUACUUCUUUUGCUGAGUCGAACUUAAACUUUGGGUUCCCGACUCAAACUCUAGAGCCUCCCCAUCCUAUGUUCAUUAACAAUCCUUCUUACCACUCUCCAAGUAGCUCACCUUGUGUAUAUGACAAGUUUGAUUCAAGAAAACUCGACCAGCUGAUGUUUAGGAAGCUGCAACAAGUUGGAUACUUUCCUAAUCUCUCCUCCGGGUACUCACCUGCUCAGCCUCAGCAUUACCUGCCACCCUCGCAGCCUCUGUCUCACUAUCCGCAGUUCGAUCAGCCUCAUAUGAAUUGGAGGAACAUCGAAGAAGAACAUAUUCAGAGGCUUAAACUCCAAGAAGAACAGUAUUUUUCCAUGAACCCUCAUUUCCUCCAUCUUUACAAUAACAAUCAGAGCAUUCAUACUUCUCCAAGACAGGACCAUUUCGAUUAUCGCCAAGCUGAACAGUCUAACAGGAACUUAUUUUGGGAUGGAGAAGAUGGUCAUGAAAGAGGAAGGAGGCGUAUGGAUGAUGGGGUAAGGAAAAUGUACUAUCCAGAGAAAAUUUUAAUGAAACCACAGGUCGGUUUGAACACAGCUAAAGUCAUCAAGUAUGGUGCUGGAGAUGAUGAUUCACAAGAUGGAAGAGUUUGCUUGCAGAAUCAACUCAAUGAAGAUCUCACUAUGAGCCUCAACAAUCUGACACUGCAGCCUCAGAAGUAUAACUCUCUUGCAGAGGCAAGAGGGAGGAUAUAUUACUUGGCAAAGGAUCAGCUUGGUUGUCGCUUCUUGCAGAAAAUAUUUGCUGAGAAAGAUGGGAAUGAUAUAGAGAUUAUCUUUAAUGAGAUCACUGACUAUAUCAGUGAGCUUAUGAUUGACCCCUUUGGAAAUUAUCUGGUCCAAAAGCUGCUCGAAGUAUGUAACGAAGAUCAGAGAAUGAAGAUUGUUCAUUCCAUUACUAGAAAGCCAGGAUUGCUUAUCAGAAUCUCUUGUGAUAUGCACGGGACUAGAGCUGUCCAAAAGAUCGUUGAAACGGCUAAGCGACAAGAGGAGAUUUCGUUAAUCAUUUCUGCUUUGAAGUAUGACAUUGUGACAUUGAUAAAGAAUGUAAACGGUAAUCACGUUGUUCAACGAUGCUUGCAGUAUCUAUUACCUCAAUGCAGAAAGUUUCUUUUCGAAGCUGCAAUCACUCAUUGUGUUGACCUUGCUACUGAUAAGCAUGGAUGUUGUGUUCUUCAAAAGUGUCUUGCCAAUUCUGAAGGAGAACAACAGAAACACUUAGUCUCUGAAAUCACGUCCAAUGCUCUAUACCUCUCCCAAGACCCAUUCGGGAACUACGUUCUUCAAUAUGUCUUUGAGCUUCAACUUCAAUGGGCAACCUUCGAAAUCCUCGAGCAAUUAGAAGGAAACUACACGGCGUUAUCGAUGCAGAAAUGUAGCAGUAAUGUUGUUGAAAGGUGUCUGAAACUAGCUGAUGACAAACACCGAGCUCGCAUCAUCAGAGAACUAAUAAACUAUGGACAUAUUGAUCAAGUCAUGCUUGACCCUUAUGGUAAUUACGUCAUUCAAGCAGCUCUAAAACAAUCCAAGGGGAAUGUGCAUAGUCUUUUGGUUGAUGCCAUUAAGCUUCACAUCCCAUCUCUUCGUACCAAUCCAUACGGUAAAAAAGUCCUCUCUGCACUUAGCUCCAAGAAGUAAAUCAGCAGGUUUCUAUCAAAUGUUGCUGUUUGUUGUUGGUAAAGUUACCUUGUAAAUGUAAUAUAAUAAGAGCAUAAUUCGCAGGUUGUUUUUGUUUGAAGGAUUCAAAAAGAGACAACAAAAUCCAUAGAAUGACUUUAAAUCUUAAUAUAUAUAAUAUCUACGCUCUGUUUCGACUCU